AGCCAGUCGUAGUCAACCAUCCCUACGGACCCUAGACAGUUCCCUACUGGAACACCCCAAGCGCUUAUCAUAACUGAUUGUUGCUACUACUAUUUAUUCAUUUAUUUUAGUAUUAUUAUUAGGAUCCAAUCCACACAUUGCCUUGGACUAGAAGAAGAAAAAUGCCGUCUGCGCCGCUGCCGGGUCAGUUCGCGUGCUACAGCAGCCCGCUGUACAUGUACCGCCACCUCGUCAAGAACUCCACGACAAAGACCCCGCAGCUGUACACGGCGAAGGACAACAGCAAGACCGCCUUCCACCUCCUCACCCGCCGCGCCCCCAACGCGAACUACACCGUCAACCGGUGGUACCUGAAGGAGAAGGUGGAGUCGAGCAACCGCAUGCGGUUGGAGGGCCUCUAUGAGUGCGUGCUGUGCGCCUCCUGUACCGGCUCCUGUCCGCAAUACUGGUGGAACCGCGAGCACUUCCUUGGCCCUGCCGUGCUGCUCCAGUCCUACCGCUGGCUCGUCGAGCCCCUCGACCGCGACUUUGAUGAGCGGGUGCGCAUGUUUGAGACGGGCAACCUCGUGAACAUGUGCCACAACAUCUUCAACUGCAGCAUCACGUGUCCGAAGUUCCUCAACCCGGGGCUGGCGUCGAAAGAGAUCAAGCGGGUGUCAUCGCCGGUGACGAAGCGCGUAGGACCGGCGGUGGACCUUCCACCGAUCAAGAACUAG